UGACCUUCCUCUGCCUGGUCCGUGUCACGUUUGACAUGAUUUGUGGGUGGCUGCGAGGAGAAGUUCAUCCCAGCAGGAGUUUAAAAUGCAAAUAUUCAUCUUCUGACUGUUAACGCCGUACAGGGUUUGGCCAAAGUAAACACAGGGAACAAUGGUGAAGUAUUUCUGCUGCGCAGGUCUUCUUAAAGAUACCUGGGACCAAGUUUGUGUUGCUUUUUGGCAACGAUAUCCCAAUCCUUACAGUAACCAUGUUUUGACCGAAGACAUCAUUUUUCGAGAAGUUACUCCAGCCAACUGCCUGAUUUCCAGGCGUUUGUUGACCAAAACUAGCAGAGCGCCUCGCUGGAUGGAGCGGUACCUUCCAAAGCACAUGGCCAGCUCAGCAUACAUUAUUGAGGACUCCAUUGUAGACCCUCAGAAAAGGACCAUGACCACACUAACAUGGAACAUCAGCCACGCUCGUCUCAUGUCUGUGGAAGAGCGUUGUGAGUACAGGAUUAACCCUGAGAAUGGCAGCUGGACUGAGAUAAAAAGAGAAGCUUGGAUCUCUUCCAACGUCUAUGGGCUCUCCAGAGGUAUUCAGGAGUUUGGACUGGCUCGAUUCAAGGCCAGUGUCACAAAAACAAUGAAAGGCUUUGAAUAUGUGCUGGCCAAAAUGCAAGGUGAAAUUCCAUCGAGGACAUUAGCGGAGACGGCGACGGAGCGGGCCCGGGAGACGGCACUGGCAGCUAAAGAAAAAGCCAAAGACCUCGCCUCACAUGCCCAGAAGAAACAAUAUGUGUGACAAGCUGCACUAAAAAAAAACUGCUUCUGUUGCUGCUGACACUGGGACUGAUUUAUCUUUACCCCAUCUUGUCCUCAUGUCCAGCAUUUGGGGUAAGAUGAACUGACCCUGGUCACAGGUGGACAGCUCUGUGAGGAAGCCUCUCCAGUGGUGGGUGGACCAUAAAAGGCCUGAGCCGGUUCUCCAAAGCCUGUUCCAGCCUCUCUAUGCCUGUGUCACACUCAAUACCUUCUACCUUUGACACCGAGCUGUUUCAGUAUUUACCAUCGAUAAAGAUCUUAGAAAUGAGUAGCUGAAUAUGGCUCUGGGUGCCAUAAACGUCUAAUAGCACAUCAUCAACCUUGACAACUGUUCCUGAUACCUUUCUUCAACCUCUGAACCCAGCAACAGGGUCUGCUCUGAUUCCUGUACUUUGAGUAUGGCAUUUUAGUUUCUAAUACCAAACCUUUUGCACAACAGCUAGAAUUAACAUUAGCAAACACUGUCUAAUUAUGCAA